AUGACCACUUAUUGAAUAAAAUGCUAUCGACUGAUAGAUAUGACUAUCGGUUUAGACCUGAAGCACACACUACCGUCAAUGUUAGUCUAACAUUGUUGGCCAUAUCGUCGCCGUCAGAGUCCAGCAAUAGCUACGAUCUGGAGCUACUGUUGCACCAGCACUGGCCCGACCAUCGGCUACAAUACGAGGACAGGGAUGGCGGCGGCGACGGUGGUGGUGGUCAACACCACAAAUACCUGAACGCAUUGCUUCAUUCGGAUAAACUAUGGAUACCUGAUCUGUAUUUCAUUAGACACGGCCGACUGCCGUCCCGUAAACAUUUGGACGAUUUGUUAACAUUGAAGAUAAUCAGUGACGGAACCGUUUACUCUACCAAUCGAUAUGAUAUGCAGAUAAACUGUUUAGCCGAUAACAUACGGUUCCCGUUUGAUACAGUCAAAUGUCGAUUUGCUAUUGAAAGCAAAUACAUAUCUAAUGAAAGACAACAGUUAGAGCUGGUAUGGGAUGAGCCAGCACUGGUCAGUUCGGGGUCGUCUAUCAACACCGACAUCAACGGUGCUGGCUAUCUAAUUGGUACCACAACCAGCGUAUGCCUAUCGGAACUGAACAGUUUGCGCGAUAACUACAGUUGUCUUGACGUUGAGCUAGUAUUCAAACGAGACAUAUCCUACUAUAUUAGCGUUUAUUACAUCCCGACACUUGUGUUGCUGUCAUUGAUAUAUCUGGGCUUUUGGUUGCAUACAAGUUCACUGGCGAUGAUCACCACCGGCCGUAUAAUCAUCAACACCGGUAGUCUAUUGGCACUGUUGACUCUGUUUGUAUGGUUUCGACACACACUACCCCUGUCGGCAGAGUUGUGGACAAUUAAUUUGUGGCAAUUUGUAUCCAUGUUAUAUGCGUUUGUCGGUCACAUUGUUUUGAUAGUCCAAUGGACAGUCAGUCGUCGUGACAUUGAUUAUACAGAUACCACCGAUUUUGACGACGACGACGACGACAAUGACGAUAAUAUUGUUGGCCGUCAACGGCUGCCAUCAAAUGGUGUACCCGAAGAGAUCGAGAUGAAAGCGCCACUGUGUGGUCGUAAUAGCCGGUCGUCGGCAAUAGAGAUGACACCGAUCGGUGGUCAGCAUCAGCAGUGCAAUGAUGAAUCGUCAUCCAAUGAUAUCAAUCAUUAUCAUCGGCAACGGGGCGUCGACAGUAGUCGUCCAAAAACAAUGUCCACCAAGUGGUCAAUAGGGCGCCGGCGGCGGCGGUGGCGACAGCACCGCAACAGCCGAUGGAUAUCAAACAACUUGUUGGACAAGUGUUGCAAAUAUUUGUAUCCCAUAUCUUAUGUCAUGUUUUUGGUCUACUAUUUCAUUGUUAAUCAUUAAAUCAUUAAUUUUUUUUAAAAAAAAAACAUUAAUAUAUUGUGUGAUUAUAAAUAUUGUAACACAUUUAU